UUUUUUGCUUCUUUUCAGGUGGUGCCCAGGCAACAUGGGUGACUGGAGUGCCUUAGGCAAACUCCUUGACAAGGUUCAAGCCUAUUCCACUGCUGGAGGGAAGGUGUGGCUGUCUGUCCUUUUCAUUUUCCGAAUUCUGCUAUUGGGGACAGCGGUUGAGUCGGCCUGGGGUGAUGAGCAGUCUGCCUUUCGUUGUAACACUCAACAACCUGGUUGUGAAAACGUCUGCUAUGACAAAUCCUUCCCAAUCUCUCAUGUACGCUUCUGGGUCCUGCAGAUCAUAUUUGUGUCUGUUCCCACGCUCCUGUACCUGGCUCAUGUGUUCUACGUGAUGCGGAAGGAAGAGAAACUGAACAAGAAAGAGGAGGAGCUCAAAGUUGCCCAAACAGAUGGUGUCAACGUGGAGAUGCACUUGAAGCAGAUUGAAAUAAAGAAGUUCAAGUAUGGUAUUGAAGAGCAUGGCAAGGUGAAAAUGCGAGGGGGCCUGCUGCGAACCUACAUCAUCAGUAUCCUCUUCAAGUCUGUCUUCGAGGUGGCCUUCUUGCUGAUCCAGUGGUACAUCUAUGGAUUCAGCUUGAGUGCCGUUUACACUUGCAAAAGAGAUCCCUGCCCUCAUCAGGUAGACUGCUUCCUCUCUCGCCCCACGGAGAAAACCAUCUUCAUCAUCUUCAUGCUGGUAGUGUCCUUGGUGUCUCUUGCCCUGAACAUCAUCGAACUCUUCUAUGUGUUCUUCAAGGGUGUUAAGGAUCGCGUGAAGGGGAAGAGCGAUCCUUACCAUGCUACCACUGGCCCACUGAGCCCCUCCAAAGACUGUGGAUCUCCGAAAUACGCAUAUUUCAAUGGCUGCUCCUCACCCACCGCUCCCCUCUCACCCAUGUCUCCUCCUGGGUACAAGCUGGUUACUGGAGACAGAAACAAUUCUUCCUGCCGCAAUUACAACAAACAAGCAAGUGAGCAAAACUGGGCUAAUUACAGUGCGGAACAAAAUCGAAUGGGGCAGGCAGGAAGCACCAUCUCCAACUCCCAUGCACAGCCUUUUGAUUUCCCUGAUGACAACCAGAAUUCUAAAAAACUAGCUACUGGGCACGAACUGCAACCACUAGCCAUUGUGGACCAGCGGCCUUCCAGCAGAGCCAGCAGCCGUGCCAGCAGCCGACCUCGGCCUGACGACCUGGAGAUCUAGAGCCAGGCUUGAGAGCAUUGAGAUUCCACUCAGUUGUGGAGAAGAGAAAAGGUGCUGUAGAAAGUGCACCUUAGGUGUUCAUUUUGUUCCAGUGGAGGUGGUACUCAACAGCCUUCGUAUGAGGCUUAGAAAACACAAAGACAUUAGAAUACCUGGGUUCAUUGGGGGUGUUUGGGAUAGAUGGGUGGAGAGGGAGGGGAUAAGGGAGGUACAAGUUGGUAUUUAAUGUAGUUGAUUCAAAGAACUUUAGUUCUAAGUAUAAGUUGCAUUAGGUGAUACAUAGGUAAGGGCUUUUUCUCCCCCACACACCCCCUAAGAAUAGUUCUGUGUAUGUGAAAGAAUGGGUGAUAUUUUUGGUUAAAUAGUUUUUUGUUUUACCAUGAAACUGAAAUAACUUUGGCCAGGAAAAAAUACUUCCUGGACCUCUUAUUUCAUUUUACCAAGAGAAAGUUGGAGGAUUGUCCUUAUGUCCCUGCUAAAACAUUCCAUUGUUAAAAUUUGCACUUUGAAGGUAAGCAUUCUAGGCCUGACCCUCCAGGUGUCUGUGGACUUGUCAUACUAUAUUUUCUGUUCCUGGUAUCAGUUAAAGGUUCAGACAAGGCCCACAGAAAAAGACUUUCCAUGCAUUUUCAAAUCUCAGUCAGUCAUAUGUACAUUAUUAUUU